AUGUCCUCCUCUCACGAAAAAGAACGGCCCGACUUCAGCCACAAUGAGAAAGUCGAACCUAACCCAACAGAAGACAAGAAUAAUACCUUAGAUGAUACCCAAAAGCCUGAAUAUGUUCGAGAAUUCACGCAAAAGGAGAUGAGGCGUAUUCGCCGGCGGGCGGAUCUUCGUCUGAUCCCUGCCUUGGGUCUAAUGUACGGCAUAUCGCUCAUGGAUCGGAAGAAUGUUUCGAAUGCAGCUAUAGCAGGAAUGCUUGAUGAUCUCAAGCUUAAUACUGGGUACGGGUAUAGCACAAUCACGUUGAUGUUCUUCGUCUCCUACGUCAUCUUUCAGCCAGCUAUGACCGUCCUUUGUCGUAAGCUUGGGCCCAAGGUCUUCCUCUCUAGCAUUUGUAUUGCCUGGGGCGCCGUUAUUAUCGGGUUUGGGUUCGUCCACGACUGGAGAGUAAUGGUCCCUCUUCGUGUUAUACUAGGGACGUUUGAAGCUGGUUUCUUUCCUGGUGCGGUGUAUCUCCUGUCCACAUGGUACACAAGAUUCGAGAUCGCCAAGAGAUACUCUGUUUUUUACUUAACAGGCAGUAUUCUGUCUGCAUUGUCUGGAAUCCUUGCUUAUGGGCUGAUGCAGCUUGAGGGCCAUGGGGGCCUGCGAGGUUGGCGAUGGAUCUUUGUCCUCGAGGGAAUCUUGACCUGCGCGGUCGGCAUUUUUGCUUUCAUCGUUCUUGUCAAGUUCCCUGACCAAGAAGUCCAUAGCCCAUCCCCUCUGUUCCUGAAACAAGACGAGGCCAAAGCCGUACUGGAAAGGCUUAACGAGGACCGCGGCGAUACCCAACUUGAACCAUUCUCACUUGUGUCUUUCCUGAAGCCGGCGAAAGAGAUUGAGAUUUGGGGGUUCGCACUCCUAUUCUUCCUGACCACCACAGUCUCAUACUCCUUCGCUUUCUUUCUCCCCAUUGUCUUGAGACAGAACCUCAAGUUUAGCGUAGCAGCAUCGCAGUGUCUCGGUUCGCCCCCAUACGUCUUCUCCGCUUUCGUUAUGUACGCAGGGUCGUGGGCAGGCGAUCGAUAUAAGAAGCGAGCACUAAUCAUAUAUGUUAAUUCGCUUAUCAGCCUCAUCGGUCUACCCAUCAUGGCAUUUCACCCCAGCGCUGCAGUAAAGUAUUUUGGCAUUUUCAUUGCCGUGGCUGGAGUGAAUGCCAAUAUCCCCGCGAUCAUGGCCUACCAGGCAAAUAAUAUUCGAGGGCAAUGGAAACGCGCGUUUUGCUCCGCUACUCUUACGGCAUUUGGUGGAAUUGGAGGUAUUUCUGGAAGUCUUGUGUUCAGAAGCCAAGAUUCUCCCCUCUACCGGCCUGGAAUAAUUGCUUGUCUUGUUUCUAUUGCGCUUGGUGUUGUUUUGACAGUAGUGCUCACCCUGCUAUUCCAACAUCGAAAUAGGAAAGCCGAUCGUGGCGAAUACGUUAUCAACGACAGCUCAGAAUUUCGAUACACAAUCUGA